UGCUUAGGGCCAAUCGGGAGAGGCAGCUGUGGCGGGGGCCGAGGAGGGACAUUUUAAAAGGGCCGGAGAUUGCGGGCGUCAGUGGCCAUGGCGGAUACAGCGACUACAGCACCGGCGGCGGCAGCUAGUGCCGCUAGCGCCUCGAGCGAUGCACCUCCUUUCCAACUGGGCAAACCUCGCUUCCAGCAGACAUCCUUCUAUGGCCGCUUCAGGCACUUCUUGGAUAUCAUUGACCCUCGCACACUCUUUGUCACUGAGAGACGUCUCAGAGAGGCUGUGCAGCUGUUGGAGGACUAUAAGCAUGGGACCCUGCGCCCGGGGGUCACCAAUGAACAGCUCUGGAGUGCACAGAAAAUCAAGCAGGCUAUUCUACACCCGGACACCAAUGAGAAGAUCUUCAUGCCCUUUAGAAUGUCAGGUUACAUUCCUUUUGGGACACCAAUUGUAGUCGGUCUUCUCUUGCCCAACCAGACACUGGCAUCCACUAUUUUCUGGCAGUGGCUGAACCAGAGCCACAAUGCCUGUGUCAACUAUGCAAACCGCAAUGCUACCAAGCCUUCACCUGCAUCCAAGUUCAUCCAGGGCUACCUGGGAGCCGUCAUCAGUGCCGUCUCCAUUGCUGUGGGCCUUAAUGUCCUGGUUCAGAAAGCCAACAAGUUCACCCCAGCCACCCGCCUUCUCAUCCAGAGGUUUGUGCCGUUCCCUGCUGUAGCCAGUGCCAAUAUCUGCAAUGUGGUCCUGAUGCGGUACGGGGAGCUGGAGGAAGGGAUUGAUGUCCUGGACAGUGAUGGCAACCUCGUGGGCUCCUCCAAGAUUGCAGCCAGACACGCCCUGCUGGAGACGGCGCUGACUCGAGUGGUCCUGCCCAUGCCCAUCCUGGUGCUACCCCCGAUCAUCAUGUCCAUGCUGGAGAAGACGGCUCUCCUGCAGGCGCGCCCCCGGCUUCUCCUCCCCGUGCAAAGCCUCGUGUGCCUGGCAGCCUUCGGCUUGGCCCUACCGCUGGCCAUCAGCCUCUUCCCGCAGAUGUCAGAGGAGAAAGAAAAACCAUCAAGAAGGAAAAGAAGCAGCCAAGGGCACAGGGAGAACCCAGAUGGAGUAGCUUCAUGGAAGCUUCAAAGAGGAGGGGCUGUCUGCAGAGUGGGUAAGUGCAGUAGGACUAGAAGGAGCAGAGGAGACUUGGGUGGCCGUAGCUAGACAGGGCAGUCUAGGAGGCAACAUGGUAGUCAGUUUCUUCUUUGUUCAGAAUAUUGAGCUCAGGGAUGGGGAACAGUGGGAGAAUACAGCAAAGAAACUGUGAGAUGGAGAUUGGGGGCGCUUGGAGAGAGGGCAGUGAUGGGGAAGGAAUCCCCAGAGCCCAAUGUGGAAAGGCACAGCCUCUGUGGAGUCCCCAGGUCCAGUGAGUAGAGGGGCCUAGCUGGUUAUGGUGGGGAAAUGGGGGCCCAUAUCCUGACAGUUCUCCAAGGUAGGUACCAAUAUUCCUUGUUUACCAAAGAGGAAACUGAGGCACAUUAAGAUAAGACCUUGUCCAAGAGCCAAAAUUGCUGACGAUGGAGCAGGCUUUGUACCCAGGCAGAAGGAGUCUGAGCCUCCCCAGCCCACCCAUUCCUUACUAUAGAAAGAAGAGGCCCGCUUCUGGGCCCCAGACUCUGCUUGCUGCUAAUUUAUCAGCGGGAACAUCCCAGUGCCCUCACCAGCCCUCCUCCCGUCUGCAGGAAACCUGUGUGUUUUCACAGGGACCUUUUAGAGUGUUUAUGUCAUUUCCAAUCCAGAGGUGAGGAAGGGGCAGGGCAGUGGAGGGACUGGAGGGAGGUUAAAGGGCCAACAGGUGGGGCAGGGAACCUCCUUGUGAGAACUGGGGAGCAGAACCUGGGUUCCCUUCUGGACCCCAGUGCUCUUGCCCAUGCAGGGAGUACAGGGUCUGUCCUGGUGGAUGAGGUGGAUCUGGAAACCUACCCCACCAGCCUGUCCCCAAACUUGGAUGGGCCCAUCAUACCCAGAAUCUGCUCCCUGCCCCAUGGAGCCUGGGCACUUUGCUCUUUUUCUUGUUACAAGAAUGGCCACUUAGGAGCCCUUUGGUCUCAGCGAGCCUCCCUGCUGGAGACAAAACUCAAUAAGCAAGAACUGUCAGGUGACCACACAGGUCAUGAUGGAACUAAAGCCGAGGCUGCACUGCAGCUUGCCAGAGCCUCUGCAGGUGGGGCUGGUGGUGGAUGUCUCCCUUGUGGUAGGGCCAGAUUGUGGUGGCCUUUCUGGCCUUGUCCCCAUUGGCAGUUGGGGCUCUGGAUUCCAGGCAAAUGGGGUCCUCUCUCUCCUCCCCACCACAACACAGACAUACACUGGGGCCUCAAUCCCUUGAGGGAGAUUUGCAGGGUCCAGUGUCCGGGAAUAUGGGCUUGGCUACCACAAGAGGGUCGUGGCAAAUGUCCCUCUGACUCUGACAGCCGGUAUUCCCUACCUGGGAGUACUUCCAAUCCCAUUUAAUGAUCCUCAUGUCUCUCUGGAGCAGGCAGCAGUACCUUGGCCAAGGCCCCUCCCCACGUCCCUGCCUCUGUUUCUGCCUCGAUCUUUCUUUGUGCCUCUUUCUCCCUUCCUUGAUUCCUCUGGGCCUCUCCCCCACCCCAGUCCCCUCUCUUUUCCCCACUCUUCCCCUGGGAGCUCGGGGGCUGGGGAACGGGGCUGCACGUACAAGCCGAAGCCAUUGUUCAACAAUCUGUUUUUGUCUUCAUCUUGUUGGCAGGCGGCAGGAGAGGAGCAAAAGGUUAAUGAGGCACUGUGCAGCGGGAUUACUGCGUGAACGGGCGGGCGGCGGGCGGGCGAGCCAGCCGUGGUGACAGGGAACUAAUUAGGAGCAGUUUAACAGGAGGAAAAAGUGAAAUCUCCUCUUCACCAACUGUCAAUAAUUAGCUGAUUUGGUGAGGCUGAAAUGUGUCCACAGAAGGUGGGGCUUGUCUGUGGAUGAGUGAGGCGUGUGGAGUGGGGGGCAGCCAGGGGCUGGACCCCGUCCCUAGGUGAUGUUGGGGUGGAGGGGCCAUCUUGUGGCCCCAAGGCCUGCCCCCUGUCUCUCUGGCUGGCAUCCCUCUGCCUCAACUCUCUGUAUGACCUUGGGUCUUAACCUCAAAGACCUCAGUUUCCCCAGCUGGAAGAUGAGGUAUUGGAACUCAGUUUCUUCCUGUAAGAACUGAGUUUCUCCCAGGAAGAUCAGGAAAUUGAAAACUCGAGACCGGGCCCUGGUGCUGUACAGUGGGCUGAGUGAGUCCAUUUAAGUCACGUGCUGCCCCUCAGGUGCCCGGCCUGCAGCAAGGGUGUGCCCUCUGGGAGCCACCCUCCGGGGCUGGGCCUGGCAAGUGGGCAGGACCUUGGCCUUCCCGAGAACUCAUCUAAUGGCCCCUAGACCCUCACUGGCUCCUUUGUCCUCCCUGCAGCUGUGGGGGCUGAGGUGGGGGAUGAGAGAGAUUGGGCAGUGUGCCCCCUGGGGGCUGGGGCUCCAGGCAGGGUAGAGGGCCCUGGGCCACCCUCAUAGGGGCUGGAGGCCAUGAGCGUGUGUCUCUUCCCUACCUCAGCUGUUGCAGGGCCCCCCCAGGGGCAGGAGUGAGGCUCACUGGCCAGGAGGCUUGUUUCCUGUGGGCCUGUUCCCUCCUGGUUGUCUUUGUUGAUUUGUUGGCCUCUGCCUUCCCUGAGGCCUCAGGGGAGAACCAGCCUCCCCCUACACCCCCGCCACCUGCUCCUGCCCCUUCUAGCUUUUGCCAAGUGCCUUGACUAGAAGAAAAGUCAUCCUAAGAGACCCCCAGGGCCAGGGCUUCCUGCUCUGAGCCUCCCAUGUCAGCCCUGGGAACUCCCCAGGCCCCUGCCUCUGCGCUGAGCCCCUCAUCACGUCAGCUCUAGAGGGUUCUAGGGAUUAGAAGCCAUGUUCUGAGGAAGGCUAAAGCCUUCCCUGUGUUCUUAGCGCCAUUUAUGAGCCAUGUCCCAACCUGGCCACAGAGGGUGGCUCUUAGAGACCAACCACACCCAUGUGGUAGAUGAGUCAGGAGGGCCAAGCCCAGCCACACCUUACUCCUUCCUGCAUCCCCACAUACAGCUGUCAGGGUUAAGAAACAGAGAGGCACACCCUCCCUUAUGGGCAAAAAUGUGGGUACCCAAACCUCCACUAUCUCCACCCUCUUACCAGCCCUGAUGAAAAUGGCAGUUCUGAUGAACCAGCCUGGUUAGACUGCUGUGAGCCACCAGAAGCAAAGGUCCCCCCUUCUUAUCUCCCUUUCUCUGAGAAUGUAUUUGGACCCUCAACCAAAAAUGGAGAAGAGUAACCAGAAGCAAAGAUUUCCCCCCAGUUUAUCUCCCUUUCUCGGAGAAAAUAUUUGGACCCCCAACCAAGAGUAGGGAAGAGUUGGGAAUAAGCUGGAAUGUGAGUCCAUGUUCAAGCUGUUCUAGAAAUGGCGCCUCCUCCAGGAAGUCCUCCCUGAUCUUCCCCACCAGGAUCUGUCUCCCCUCACCUGUGUAGGCUCUGGUGGUGUGUUUUCUGGUUUGCAUCUUCCCCCUUGGGACAAUAGACCUUUCUCCCUUCCUUGACACAUAAGGUGUUCCUGUAGCUAAGAACUGGUACUCUUUAUCAAUACCAAGUACAGAGUGUGGCUCAUCUGGGUUCACUAUGACUUUGUUGGUUCCUGCUUCUCCCACUCUUCCAGGGUUGAUGUGAGGCCAGAGACAAUGUCUAGGGGACAUUGUGUUCUCUCGAGUCCAAAGCAGCAUUCAGCAUCUCCCAGAGCAGGGGCCUCCUCCCCUCCAGUCUCAAAUCCAUCUCCUACUUUGCUUGGAGAUGUUUGUUUGGGGUUUUUCUCGUUUACUGGUUUAAUCAGUCCCUACUGAACUCUAAAGUGGGCUAUUUUUGCCAUCAGAAAUCUGCUGCCUCCCCGCCCGCUGCUUUCUUGGAGUUUGCCCACAGGACCCCCCAGGAGGGAUGGAUGGGAAUGGCAAAGCCGCUCGGAGCCCAGGAACGCCAACGCCACCUGUCAUGUUGCCUGUUCCCCACACCCCCACCCCAAACCUGCGUGCACACACAGGCUCGCACACAUAAGCGUGCACGAAGGAACAUGCACACAUGCCUGGAUGGCAGGCCUCGGCUGGGCUGCCUGACAGCCUUUCCCCGCUUGUUUUCCUUUCCAGGACCUUCUAGGAUACCACCUGAAUCCAGGAUGGAGGGAGAAGGGUUGGUUGUGCAGAGGUUCCAUUAAAGGCAUUAAUAUGUUCAAAGUGGAACAUGCCUGGCCCGCAGCAAGGCUCAGCCCUGCAAGCUGAGUGAGCAGGACUGGGGCUGAGUGUGGAGACCUGGGGUUCUGCCCUCUUUACACAGCAUCACACAGGUUUCUAAGCCUCCAAAGGGCCAGCCUGUCCAUUUUGUGAUACCAUCCUCAUCCUGGGCCCAGGAGAUCUUAGAAAAUCUUCCCAGCAUACAUGUGGGGAAACUGAGGCCUCAAAGCUAAGAAGACAGGGGACAGAAAAUGAUUCUGAGAUUGGUCCACCAGAGGGCACCCAGGAAUGGUGCAAAGCUCCAAAAUGGUAGGGGGUGGGGUGUGGUCUGAACAUAGGCUGGGUACACAUAGCACAGGGGAGGCGGAAAAGUGUAAGACAGGAUUCUCGCCCGUGAGGCACUUCAGUGUCAUUUAACUCAGCUGUUACUGAGGACCUACUGUGUACAAGGCACAGGGAUACCAAGCUGCCUGGAGCAGCUCAGGGUGGGGUGACUACUGUAGUCACACCUCUGUAGAAUGCAAAUGAGCCUGUGCCUGGGGAUGGGAUGGAGAUAAAAGCAUGUGCUGGGGACACUAGAGGCAGCAGCAAUGGAUUUGGUCUAAGAAGAUCAGGGGAGGCUUCCUGGAGGAGGCAGCCUUAGAGGGUCAGGAUAUAGCCUGGACUCAGGCCUCAAAGCUAGACUUAGAAUGUACAGGAAAUGGAUAGCAGCUGAUGGGUGAAGAAACUGGAGAAAGUUCGAGAAGGCCUGGAGUGUCCAGCUGAGGGGUCUUUCACUAAGAAGGUAUUGGGAGCCUAGAGCCAGCACCAGAGCCUGACUCAGGGGUCCAGGGGUCUAGGCUCAGGCCUCAGCUGCUCCCCAUUGCCAGCCUAAUGCCUCUGGCCCCCAGGGACACUCAGAUAGCUUUCCUAAAGGUGGGACCUGGUUGUGUGUGUCCCAUACACACAGCCCUGGUGAGAAAGGGUGGGAUGUUGUGCCCAGUGGACAAGGCAGUCCCAGGCCUGGCAGAAGCCUCAGGCAUACAGGGUCAGGCAGGUGCCCACCUGGGCUUUGGGCCCUGUGUCAAUGUCGCCACCUCCUCCUGACCCUCAGAAGCCCAGACCUCUGGCCAGGAGCAGGUGGUGGCUUUGAGCUGUGUCACAGGGUCUCACUGAACACCCCAUCCCCCUAGCCCCAUGCCUUUGAAAAGGAGGCAGAAAAGCCACCAGAAGAAAGACCAGGAGGAAGCUCUUUGUAGUAGGUAAAAGCCCCUGAGAAUGGGGCACAGGCAGGGGAUCCAGUUUCCUGUUUAUGUCUCUGCACCUUAGCUCCAGGUUCAAAUAUGUAAACUAUCCGCUGGCCUGGCUGCAGGUGUGUGUGCUCCCAGGCUGUAGAGGCAGAGGUGGCCCCAAACGCAUUCCUGACUCUAGCCCCCCACCCACACUAAGUCAUGAGACAGAGACAAAUAGCUCAAGGUUAACCCUUCCCACGCCACAAGGGAAGGUGGUUGGCUCUUCUAGCUGGGCCUUGGGGUGCCCAGGGAGGCUGGGGAGAUGCUGGACAGGAUGCUGCAUAUCUGGGGACAUCUCCUGGAGGAGCAGCAGGGUUGGAAGGGUGGGGUGGCACUCCAAUAUUGAGGGGCACAUCCAAAGGGGGCUGGCUGGGAGCUGGUGUGCAGGCUCUGCCUGGAAGUCAGGGAGUGCUAGCAGGGUGACGCUGCUUCCUUCAUGGCAGGGUGGGGUGAUCCUGGUAGCCCACUUCUGUGGUGGUGAGGGGAGGGACCAUCAGCCAGUGCUCCAUGGUCCCUGCAGCCCCUGCCCCUCAGGGCUUUGGCUUUCCAUCCCAGACACCCCCUCCCUUGGGAGCCCCUGUUGACUGGCUCUCAGGUGCCCGGGGAGAAGCCUACCAGAAGGAAAAGACGGCCUACAGAUUCCAGCCUGCCCUGCCCCAAGCUGGCUGCCUGGGGCUGGGCCACCCCUUCUCCCUGUGGCCACUCCUUGUCCUCUCUCCUCAUCUUCUUAUCCCUCCCAGAGAAGGCCCCUCAGCCAGUUUGUGGACAGCCAAGUCCCUGCACCUCAACCCAAUACCCUGGGGCUCUGGCCUUUUCUAGGGUGGGGCUGAGUUGGGCAGCAGGAGGGGAAGCUCUGUUGUCCUUGCCCAGACCUGUGUCACCUUCACUUACCCACAGGUCCAGAGGCCGCUGCCAGGCAAGGCCCUGGAUAUGGUUCCCUUGGAGAAAACCUGGCCCCACCCUUAACCUCAGAGAGGUGCUCUUCAAGGGAGACACUUAAUUCUUGAUGGACAGGGGAGAAAAUAUCACGUAUAGGCCAGCAGGCAACUCAGGGGUUCCUGCCCCAGCCAAGCCCAGUGGGGACCCCAGUGGUCCCAAUACCCAUGAGACCUAGAGAUGGUGGCCGUCGACCUCGCACCUGGCCAUGGCCAAAGAGCUGGAGGGGUCCUAACAAAUGACCAGUUGAAUUGGCCUGGGGGUAGAGUGAGAGGCUGUGAACCAGGAUCAGCACUGGGUGGGGAAUCGGGCAAUGUGGGUCUCAGGCAUCACUGAAAUCCAGUUGCCAAGACCAAAGCCUCUGAACCCUUAUUGGGACCACUCAGAAAACUGUUUGCCUGAUGCUCAUGGCUGCUCAGUGUUUGUGGCACCCUCUGUCACUGUGUCCACUCCUCGGGCUGGUGUCCCAAGGCCACCAUCACAGUCUUGUUCCUUCUCUUGCCCUUCAAAUGUGCCUGCUCCCCGGGCCUUGGCACCCACCCCUCCGUCUUCUUCCCUGGGCCAGCUCCUUCACUCUGGAGGCUCUGGCUGUGCUCACACAUCCCAGGCGCUCUCUCCUGCCCAGAGCUCCAGAGCCUGGACCCAUCUGCCUCCCAGGCCUCUCCACCUGCGGAACCCACUGACACCCCAGACUCAAUGUGGCCACCCUGAGCCUACCACCCCCCACCCUGGCCCAUUCCCUCCCUCUGAGAAUGGCGUCACCAGCCACCCCAGCUCCUGAGCUAGAAUUAGGAGUCAUCCAACGCACAGUCAUCCUCAACACCUCCCUCUCACCCCCACGUGGAAUUGGUCAUCAACUCCUGUGGAUUUCAUCUUCAGAAAGGCUCCUCCAGUCUGCCCCCACUGGCAGCAUUAUAGGGCAGGACUGGGUACUUCUCUGAUUCCCACAGAUGCUACCCAGGAGGCCUUCCUACCCCCUCCUUACCCCUCCAGUCCAUCCUCCACACCCACCAUCCUAAAAAAGACAUUUCUAAGAUAGUCUAAGGCCAGGCACAGUGGCUAACCCCUGUAAUCCCAACACUGGAAGGCUGAGGUGGGAGGAUCACUUGAGGCCAAGAGUUCAAUAUCAGUCUGGGGCAGCACAGCGAGACCAUGUCUCUUUAAAACAUUUUAAAGUAAUUUAAAAAUUAGCCAGGCAUAGUGGCACAUGCCUAUAGUCCUAGCUACUCAGGAAGCUGGGGCAAGAGGAUGGCUUCAGCCUAGGAGUUCGAGCCUGCAGUGAGCUGCAGUCACACUACUUCAGCCUGGGUGACAGUGAGAUUCUAGCUCAAGAAAAAAAUAAAAAUGGGAGUCUGGGUAUGGCCCACUCCUGCUCACAAUCCUUCUGUGGCUCCCUAUUGCCCUCAGAUAAAAUGCGGACACCUUCAUGUAGACUACAAGAUUCUGCCUGUCCCAGCCACACCUCCAUUUCCUGCCAUAUUUCCACGUCCAACAUUGACCCGCCUCCCAGAAACGGGCUGUGUUAGCCCGCUAAUACUUUUUUCUUCACCCAGCAAGCUUGGUCUGCCCUUUCUGAUCAAAAUCCUUCAUUUUCUUCCUGGCCCACCUCCUCUGAGAAGUCUUCCUUCCUUGUUCCUUCAUCAAUACACUGGAAUGCCCAGCCCCUCCCCAGUUGCCAUGGCACUCUGCUUGUCUCUCUGGACUCCAUCUGCUUUCACCAGCCAACUCCUCUCUAGACUGUAAGCUUCUCGAGGGUGUGAGCUCUCUGUAUGCCCAGCCUGGGUAUCUGGAGUUGGCGACCAUCAACAUCUGCUGACAUGAGAGUGAAUUGACUUGAAAUGAGAGAGGAAGCCUAGGAUGCCAGGUCUGUCCCCGGGCCCCGACUCCUGAUCCCUCGGCCACCUCCCCCAGGAGCCUUCCCACUGCCUGUGUUUCCCCCUGCUCCUACCUGCUGCCCUCAGUGUGGCAGGGAGCCCAGGGGAGACGGGGUGCCAAGAGGAGGUGGCCUUAGUCUCCCCAGGGCCAAUGUGCUCUAGGGAGUGGCACAGUGGGCCGUGGCCCUGGGCUGUGGUCCUCCCCGGUGGUGCUGAGCAGCCUCUCCGAUUUUAAUGUGGGCCUCAGUGCUUCAGUGAAAGCCGGCAUGGGAAGUUGCUAAUAAUGGCACUAAAAUAAAAUAUGCUACAUCUGUUAUGGGUAGCAGAACAAAAUUAGCUGCUCACACCUCUGACAUCCAAGAUGUCUUAACUUAAAAUACUCCUUGGCUUACUUUACAUCAUUUACUGAUUAUAUUUAAAAGAAAUACAAUUUUGCAAUUACUGUUCUUUCCAGCGUGAUAUCUAUGCAUCAUUUUCCUUUUAUGUUUAUAUAUUUCUCCUUCAUUAGUGCAGUCUGAAGGGUGAUUAGGAUUCUUCAAACAUUUUACAGAGGUUAAACGUUGAUUAAGAUUUAAUUAUUACUGUAAAUAGCUUGGAAUGACAUAUGGUGCAAAAGCCUGACAUAUGUGCAUUUGAAUAAAUGAAGUGCUAUUUCCCAGGAUGCCUCAGUAGCUGUUUAACAGCUUUCCCGAAGGGUUAUGUUACACCUCAUGGUAAGAUUGCUGGGAUGUUAUAUUUUGUUGGUUUUUGCAGCUGAAAGCUAAGAACAGUUUUCCAGUUUUUUAAAAACAUUGAAUAUUUUAAAUACCUAAAUUGUUUUGCACAAAUUUUUGCUAAUUUGUCUAACUAGGUUAAACAUUUUCAAAAGCAUUUAGAUUUUUAAGCGUGGGCGCUGUGCAUUGUGUCAGUGGCAGCGUGGGGACGAGGGGAGCUGGCGGGGUAGAGGGGACUGGGGGUGGCAGGGGUAGGGUAGGAGAAGGUGUUUUGAGGAGAGGGGGUGGGGAAGAGGCCUGGGCCCUCAACCUAGCUCUCCUCUGUCUGGCCAUCUCGGGUGACCAGACUUGAACAAUGGGGUACCAGGGACUACAGAGGAAGGGUCCCCCUUCUCCCACUUUGCCCACCAGCUCUAGUCCUCACCACACUCCCUGUCUGCGUGGACUCUGCUGUGCACAGCCCGGGUAUGACAGAGCUCUCUGAAGUCCAGACUGGUCUGUGCCACCUUCUGCCCACUUCCCAGGGUUGCCACAUCUUGACAUAUGGCGGGUGCCUAGAACCAAGUUCAACCAACCUAAGUUUCAAGAGGCCUGGUGCCUCCUUGACUGUGUCCAGGGCAAAUGUCCAGCGAGGACCUUCUCACUGUAGGAGUGUCUUCCUCACCGGCCCCCCUCAAGCUAGGGGCUCAGGCAUGAGCUGAAGCCCGAUCUCGGGGCUGAUGUGGUGUCUCCAGGGGGACCCCGUCUUCCAGUGCCUACUGCCUCUUUUCCUUUUGCCCGCAUAUUCCACAAUGAGGGAGCACCUACUGUGUAGCAGCAUUGUGCCAGGCUUUGAAGACGAAGUGGUGAGCCAGAUCCACACAUCUGCUGCCUCAGGGAGCUUGUGAUCUAACGUGGAGAAGCCAGGAUGGGAGAAGUUCCGGGAGCUGUGGGGGCCACAGAGGUGGCCACACCCAGCCUGGGGGAGGAAAGGUGGCUAAAGCUGAGACAUGCAAGAUGGUGAGCUGAAGAUGGGAGAGCGGAGUAGGGGCAGGAAUGGAAGUAGGAGGAGGCGUCUCUGGACAACUCAGGCAAAGACCAGAGUUGCAGACGCAGCCCAGGGCGUGUGAUGAACCAAAAUCAGUCCAUGCACCCUUUGUCUCCAGUCCAAGGGGCAGGGUGGCGCGGGGAUCUGACUUGAUCCCUGAGGAUCAGGGUGACACAGAGCCAUUUCACAGUGCAGAGGCAGGGGCAGACUUGCAGUUUAGAAGGCCGGCACUGGUUGUGGUGGGGGAUGGGCUGGGCUGGGUGAGACCUUGUGGGAAGGGCAGGGGAGAGGACCCAAAGAGCCUCCAGAGCCUUUGGCCAGAGCACCACUCACUGGAUGGCCGUGUCAUUCCCGAGAUGGGGGGCUGGGUGGGGCCAGGGGAGAGGCGGGUUUGGUUCCAUUUCAGGUGGGUUGAGUUCCGGUUCCUGUGAGACGUCCACAGCAAAGUCUGGCAGGCAGGCAGCUGUGAACCUGAGGCUCCAGGGAGAAACAAGGCUGGAGAACUCUGGUGUGGGGUAACCUGGGACAUGUGCAGAGAAGAGGGCCCAGCCAGGCCAAGUCCCCAGGACCCACAGGAGCAUGCAGUGGGUGUCGUGAAAUGGGAGGUGGCAGUGACCUUGGAGAGAUUUUUCUGGAGUGUGGUGAGAACAGAAGCCAGAUUUACUGUGGGUUGAAAAGUCAGUGGGAGGGAAGGAGGUGGACACAGCCAUUGUAGACAGUUUUUUAAAGAAACGUGGCUGCUGGGGAGGAGAGAUACCAGGUAGUAGCUGGGCCUGCCUCAGGGUGAAGGGGAGGUGCCAUCAGGGAAGCUUCCUGUGUUUGGAACACUAACAGGCAAAGGUGGGAGAGAGGGAGUAUGACCCAGGAGGGGGUCCUGGGGUGGGCAGGGGACGGGGAGCCAGGUGGGCUUCUGUCCUGUGAAGGGAGGGAUGGCAGCUGUGGGGCAGGUGGGAAGCCGUGCAUGGACACGGGAGGCAGCGGGUUUGAUGACAGGAAGCUGAGGGGUUCCCCUCUGACACCUUCAGCUUUUUCUCUAAGAGGAUGUCUCACCUACCGAGGAUGAGUGGGAACAGGGUGGGUAAGGUGGCCGAGGAGAGGACAGCAGAGCAGAUGUCCAGUGGCCUCUGAGAGUGGGUGAGGGAGUUGACCUGGCUAUGAGGGCCGGGGUGGGGUGGUUGUUGGCCAUGAGUGAGGGUCCAGCCAAAGUCAAAAACGGAAUUUUGAAGGUCUCCAUUACAUGGUCAGGUUCAAGUGUAGGAGCAGGGUCCAUGGUGGGAUUCUCCAAAGCAGGGCUUCUGCCAGCAGAGUGGGAGGAACCCUUGGGCUAGGGAGUAGCUCAAGGGAUGGCCCCCAGAGUCCAUGUUGCAGGGGUGGGGAAGAUGUAAAGACUGAGUGGUGGGAGUGUGGGCCCUGAGGUCUAGUGGGCUGGAAACAAAAGCAGGAGUGAGUGGGGUGCAGGAAGGACAGAGGCUGAAGAACCUAGGAGGGUGGGGUUUGGAUGGAAGGAGUUGAGGUGGAGCAGCCCUGGGUGGUCAUCAGGUCCAGGGGAUGGCCCUGGGCAGGGCUGUGGUGGGUCUGUAGUUUGGCAGACUUGGUUCUUGGAGGUGAGGGAGAUGCAGAACUCAGAGGCCAGCAUGUAGGAUGUCCACGUGGACAUGCCAUCAGAAGAAAGAGGCCAGGUCUGGGCUGGAAGGGGUGCUGUGACCCCCAUGGUAGAAGGGCGGUGGAGAAGGAAGAUGUGUCACUAGGUAGGGCACAUGAGCCCUGGCUGGGACAGACAUGGGGGGUGCAGAGGGACAGAGCUCUGGGCCCCAGGGUGGUCCUCACUGCAGCUCCCAGCCCUGCUAUUUGUGCCUUCCCACUCACCCACUUUUCCUCUCUGUUCUCUCU